CUGAAGGGGGCCUGCUGUCACCACGUGAGGCAUAGGAGCCUGAGUAAGGGAGAUACUAGUCCGUGUCCUGGACCCAAGGAAUAGCCCGAAAGGGAAUACAUAAUUGGGUUUUUACGAUCUUGAUUGAUGUUUUGAUUCACAGACUGCAGUGCUGUGGCAAGCAAUAUCUGAACAAUGCCCUCGAUCACCCUGCCGCCUAAAGAGAACGCUCUCUUUAAGAGAAUAUUGAGAUGCUACGAGCACAAGCAGUACAGGAACGGCCUCAAAUUCUGCAAACAGAUCUUAUCCAAUCCCAAAUUUGCAGAGCAUGGAGAGACCCUAGCAAUGAAGGGUCUGACCCUCAAUUGUUUGGGAAAGAAGGAGGAAGCCUAUGACCUCGUCAGACGAGGCCUUCGCAAUGACCUGAAGAGCCAUGUGUGCUGGCACGUGUACGGCCUGCUCCAGCGCUCGGACAAGAAGUAUGACGAGGCAAUCAAGUGCUACAGGAAUGCCCUCAAGUGGGACAAAGACAACCUGCAGAUCCUCCGAGACUUGUCACUGCUGCAGAUCCAAAUGAGAGACCUGGAGGGUUACAGGGAGACACGGUACCAGCUGCUGCAGCUGCGGCCGGCCCAGAGGGCCUCGUGGAUCGGCUAUGCCAUCGCCUACCACCUGCUGGAGGACUACGAGAUGGCCUCCAGGAUCGUGGAGGAGUUCCGCAAGACGCAGCAGACCUCGCCAGAUAAGGUGGAUUAUGAGUACAGUGAGCUGCUGCUCUACCAGAACCAGGUCCUUAGAGAGGCGGGUCUCUUCAAAGAGGCUCUGGAUCACCUCAGUACCUAUGAGAAACAGAUCUGUGACAAACUGGCUGUGGAAGAGUCCAGAGGGGAGCUGCUGCUGAAGCUGGACCGGGCAGAGGAGGCGUCCGAGGUUUACCACCGGCUACAAGAAAGAAACCCGGAGAACUGGAGCUACUACCAGGGCCUGGAGAAAGCACUGAAUCCUGCGAACACAGAAGACAAGCUGAAGAUUUAUGAGGAUGCGUGGGUGAAAUACCCUAAAGGCCUGGUACCCAGGAGACUGCCACUCAGCUUCCUGACAGGGGAGAAGUUCCUUGAGUGCCUGGACAAAUACCUCCGCAUAAACUUCAGCAAGGGCUGCCCCCCUGUCUUCACCACACUCAAAUCCCUCUACCACGACAAAGACAAGGUGUCAGUCAUUCAGGAGUUAGUAGUGGGCUACGAGACCUCUUUAAAGAGCUGCCGAAUGUUCAGCCAGAACGAUAACGGCCGAGAGGAGCCCCCGACCACCCUUUUGUGGGUCCAGUUUUUCCUGGCACAGCACUAUGACUACAUUGGCCAGCCUGGACCAGCCCUGGACUACAUCAACGCCGCCAUCGACAGCACACCCACACUCAUCGAGCUCUUCGUCAUCAAGGCAAAAAUAUACAAGCAUGCUGGUAACAUCCGUGAGGCGGCCCGCUGGAUGGACGAGGCUCAGGCUCUGGACACAGCUGACCGCUUCAUCAACUCCAAAUGUGCCAAGUACAUGCUGAAGGCCGGCAUGGUCAAAGAGGCCGAGGAGAUGUGCUCCAAGUUCACACGGGAAGGCACAUCGGCGGUGGAGAACCUGAAUGAGAUGCAGUGCAUGUGGUUUCAGACAGAGUGUGCGUUCGCCUACCAGAGCAUGAACAAGUACGGUGACGCGCUGAAGAAAUGCCACGAGAUUGAGAGACACUUUGUGGAGAUCACAGACGACCAGUUUGACUUCCACACGUACUGCAUGCGUAAGAUGACGCUGCGCUCAUAUGUGGAGUUGCUCAAACUGGAGGACGUGCUGCGCAUGCACCCCUUCUAUUUCAAGGCUGCCCGCACCGCCAUUAACAUCUACCUCAGUCUCCACGACAACCCGCUCGCAGAUGACAACAAGGAAUCUCAAACCGAGACAGGGAACCUGACGGACAAGGAGCUGAAGAAGCUUCGAAACAAACAGAGGAGGGCACAGAAGAAGGCCCAGCUGGAGGAGGAGAAGAAGAACGCUGAGAAGGAGAAACAGCUGAAGAACCAGAAGAAGAAGAAAGAGGAAGACGAUGAGGAGAUUGGCGGCCCCAAAGAGGAACUCAUACCCGACAAACUGGUCAAGACGGAGAGUCCUUUAGAGGAGGCGGUGAAGUUCCUCACCCCCCUGAAGAACCUGGUGAAGGACAAGAUCGAGACCCACCUGCUGGCCUUCGAGAUCUACUUCAGGAAAGAAAAGUACCUGCUAAUGCUGCAGUCUGUGAAGAGGGCUUUCUCCAUGGACCCUGAUGACCCGUGGCUUCACCAGUGCCUGGUCCGCUUCUUCAAAGGAGUGUCCAGCAGCAAGGACCUGCCCGACGCAGUCAAGACGGUUCUGAAUAAAGAGACAGGCAGGCUGUUCGGAGAGCACGACCCACAGAGCUAUAACAAGAACUUCCUGAGCAAACACAACCACUCGAUACCACACCGGGUGGCAGCUGCUAAGAUGAUGGUGUACCUGGACCCGUCGUCAGAGAAGAUGGCUGUGGAGUUAGCCACCUGUCUGGAUGAGUCGCUCAGCGGCAGGAGCAUCCAGAUCUGCACUGAGGUGCUUCAGGCGUUGCGGGACGGCGGUCUUGGCUCGGAGCAGCAGAAGACGCUGGAGUCGUACUGGGCGUCCUGUCACCAAUUCUACCCCUACGCCCUGGCCUUCAUGCCCCCCGGUCACCACGACAACUCCACCCUCACUGCCAACGGUGACCUGUCAUCAGGUGACCACGAUGACAUGUCCAGCGACAUCUGAGCGCGGACGCAAGCAGUGGGCGAGAGACGAGGGCUCGUGGAGGGCGGCCAUGUUUCUUUUCCCUCGAGCGACAACAAACCCCACGAGACCACGGCGCGCUUUGCUCCCCCACACCGCUGAGCCCGAGAGAGCCCUUUCGCCGUGGCAACAGAAAGAAAGAAAGAGAGGGGGAGGGAGAAAAAGGAGAGGGG